UUUCUACCGUGGAAGAUUACGACAAAGCUCUCGCUCCAGUGACCCAGAGCAAUUUUGGUGUUUCCAUGAAUGACUUUUAGCUGAAGUUUCCUAUACUUCUUGCGUCGAGUAGAUCAUUGCUGACUUCAGAUUACUACAAGUUUAUCAUUAGCUAAAGGAUAAGUUCGAUGACACAGUGAAAUUAUGAGUGCUUACUUCGGAUAACCGUCGAAGCUUCCAAGAUGACCAUCCCGAUUAUGGCAGACGAAUCGUCCCGAGAUGACGGAGAAACUUAUACCUCCGUACCGGUUGUGGUCCUAACUGUGCAUGAAGCACACGAAGAAACCCAUGAGCAGCGAUCGCAUUUUAGCUAUGAAGCUGAAGAUGCUUUGCCGCUUCCUUCAUCUAAGUACAGAUACAGUAAAUGGCAUGAACUGGAAGACAUGGAUGUAAAAGGAAACAUGCUCAGGUCUCCGAGGGUUAGAAGAACACCUCGAGAAUUUAAAGUGGAGAAUAUUCGCAAAGUGGAUGAGCAAGAAAGGGCAGAAUUGGGAGACUCCGAUGAUGAAGAAGUCAGAGUUGCCCUACCCCUUAAAAAGAAUAAACAGAAAAAAGUUCGGAAUUACAAGAACAAGAUGGAAAACUGGGAAAAUGCGGAGUCAGUAAAUUUAUCAUAUCAAGAUUUAGGACAUCCAUAUCAGAAGAAAGAGUUUCUACGGGUGCUUAGAAGACUUUUAAGAUGCGAAAAUUUGCAGCUCAUGGAAAAUUCAAUACAAGAUUUGAGCAGUGUUUUCCUUCCAAGGUGUUCACAUCUUUUCCUGCAGAGAAAUUUCAUAACUGAUUUAAGGAAACUUCCCAGGGCUCCUAUGCUUCUACACUUAUCGCUGCAACAAAAUAAUGUGGAAAGUUUAAGAGGUCUAGAAUUGCUGAGAAAAACCACAGUUCAGUCUUUAGUUCUUAAAGGGAAUCCUGUGGAGUUAGACCCAAACUACAGACAGCAGGUUUUUAGAAUUUUACCCAAUUUGCAGCUUCUGGAUGGAAUCCCAAGGUUAGAGAGUGAUGAUGCAGAUGUAGCAGUGGAUUCAAAGACAUGUAUUGUGUCAUAGCUAAAAAACACUCUGUGUGUUCUACACUCAUGUUGUGGACUUCAUGCCUGGACUAAGAAAGGAUCUCCUGGACCAUGUAUGGGACUGCGCUAAAGGUCCCUCUGAUCCAAGACUCACGCAGACGGAAAGUGAUGAACGUUCUUCAUUCUGAUAAUUUGGACCAGAAGACCUUCUUCACUUACAGAGGGAACAGCUUUCUAUCCUACAACAAAUUACUAAAAUUAUGGUUGAGCCAAGAAUUGUCCAAAUAAGACAUUUUUAUGUCACUCUACACCAUAACUUUUAAGUCUACAGAUUGCAGAAUAUUCUACAUUCUAAUAAUUUGGACCAGAAGUUAUACAUGUAGUUUACUUGCUGAGGGUAUAUCUUUGCAUCCUACUGUGGAUGAAUCAAAUUAUGGUGUAAACAAGAAUUGACCAAAUAAGAACACAUCUAUAUGUCUGCACUAAAUUUUAGCAGUUUUCCUGUAUAGUACAAUUAUUCUGUAACUCAUUGAGGGUAUUUUAGAUGCAAACAAAUACGAAUGUAGUAAAAAAAUUCUUAUUGACAGUUUAUGGAACGGUUUCUCAGUCGUUUUUGAAUAGGUGAUGUGUUAAUUGAUUUAGUGAAUCAAAUUUUUACAAAUAUGCAUAACAUUUGUGAAUGUAUGUAAAUAUAUUUUUAUGUACCAUAUUAUAAGCUAACAAAGAAAAUUUUGUAAAGUAUUUAUUUUUACUUUCCUCUAGAAAUGGUGAAUAAAAUCUAGAUGAUACGAA